UACCACAAGUCGAGGCCGGGGGAAACCGAUCAGAUUCGGUUUUUUUAGUGACUACUCGGACGGAGUUGGCGCGGCGCGCGGCAGUGUUCUAGCAAAGAGAACCAUCAGAGCAACCUCGCCUAUACCACCGCACUCCCAGCUGUACCGCCCCUCCGUAUGCCCCCGCCCACCGCCGGCGGGAUCAACGAGCCACAAGAGUGUCCGUACUGCCGCCGGACAUUCUCUUGUUACUAUUCCCUGAAGCGACACUUCCAAGACAAGCACGAGCAGUCCGACACCCUGUACGUGUGCGAGUUCUGCCACCGAAGGUACCGGACCAAGAACUCUCUGACGACGCACAAGAGUCUGCAGCACCGCGGCUCCAGCGGCAUGCUGAAGCGCCUGCUGAAGACCUCGGCGCUGCAGAGCGCGCUCGCGCCCUCCCCGCACCACCUGUUCGACUUGGGCGCCAGCGACCACGCGCCCCAGCUACCCCCGGGUCUUCAAUGACCACAAACCAUGGCUUAAAUCGGUGGCUACUACACCCUCGCACGACUGCGCUCGGGCCCGCCCGCCCGCAUUCGGCGCGAGGCCCAAUGGACGCGGAUACGAAAGGGAUAGCAUCAUGUGCAAUAUAACGGACAAUGCCAAAACAAUGCAGGACUUUGCCGCAUUAUUAAUUAAUCGUAUUAUAAUUAGUUAAAUAUUGACGUUAGUUUUAAAAUUACAUGAACAGUAUUGUCGCGCGGGCGCCGCACGACGCGGGCACCCUUGCUUGAUGAGAGGCGAAGGGCGCCCGCGUCGCGGGACCUCGCUUAGUGUACGCUUCGACGAUCGAACUUCGCUUUGUGACAUUAUAAUGUAACAGUACUAAGGUUACUGGCAUUUUCUAGUGAAAAUGUUCAAACAGUGUUCAAAAUGACAAUGUAAUCCAGAGCAAUACUAAAGUAUUAAUAUUUCUAGUACUGCCAAAAUUAUGCCAACCGUAUUGUAAAAGAAGAACGUUUUUUUUAAUCACUUUUCGAUUAAUGUUUAGUGUCAAAUUAGAAUCGCUAACUGUACAAAAAAGAACGUACAAAUUUUAAACCGUAAUUUUUAAAAUGCAAAGAAAAUAUUUUUUAAAGCGACUUUUUCGGAACGCCAAAAUCUAAAUUUAAAAAUACAGAUUAUAUAGUAAUUAAUUAACCAAAAAAAAUUAGAUUAAAAAUGUUGAUGUUGAGUAAAAAACAAAGACUUCUUAGAAUCUGAUUUCGAAAGUACAAAAUUAAUGUCUAAUUGAACAAUAUGUGUAUUCUAUGUGCGUUUGGCUUCAAUUCUAAUGGUAUCAUCAAGUAGCCGUGCCUUCGUUCUUCAUGCCAUUACGUAUUGGUGAAGGUUGCGAGGAGCGCGGCGUGACUGGCGUGGCGAGGCAGUUGGCGGACGAGCCGCCGCCGAGACUUACAGGGUUGCGAGGCGCGCACGCCGCGAGAGGGUCUUCGAAAAGGUUCGGUUCGACGAUCGUAUACGUGUGCAUGAUUUCAAAUCAUGAUGUAAAAGUAAAGCGUUUCUUCUGUAAUAAAUUACGUAGUUUUAGGUAUUAAUAGAAUUAUAUUUAAUCUGUAUCCAAUUUCGGAUUUCUCUCUAUGAGUGUAUAGUGGUUCUUAUUUAAAUGUCGACCAACGUAGCGGACGUCUCGUUAUUGAAAAUUUAUUAGAUUAUUAUUAUUAUAUUAUUCUCAAAAAUCUUAGGAUAACCAUAAGAUGGCUGCAGAUUGUAAAAAAAAAUAUUUUAUUUACUUAUUUAAUGAUAUUAUAGGAAAUUGCUUAGGAACCGUUUCGUCUGAAAUUAAAACAUAUCUGCUCAGGGUGUACAUUGAGGAACGAUAACCUAUCAGGAAAUACAGGCGAACUCCCGACAUAUCACAAAAUAAUGUGUACGAAGACACCUCAAGGAAAAUAUAACACCGUGAUAUCUCACAAGCCAAAGAACGGGGAUAAAAAUAUACCAAUAUGCAUUUAUUUCCAGUAGAAUAAAACAUUCUGAAAAAAUCUAAAGAAAAAUGAAAAAUUUAAUUAGGUAUUGUGCCAUAUCCAAAUUAUUGUUAAUCAGUAUCUUCUUCCGUGAUUAUACCUAUGAAUUUAAAACCCGACAUAUCAGUCACUGAAAGUGAAUCGUCAGUAACAUCAAGUUUCAAUCGAUGCACAAUUUCAUCUUCGCCAGUCGAAUCUGCAUUUAUUUUUCCAAUUUUAGUAUAACUUGAGUUAAGAAUAUUAAUUUUAGAUUUCGUAUUUUAUUUCCUUUUUCGGAAUGUUACAUAUUCGUACUUUGUGAUAUGAUUAUAUUUAAUGGAACGUUAUUUGGUAUUUAUCCAAAUACUUAGUUGUAACAUUUACUUUUCGUAAUUUGAACCUCAGCUUAGAUAUUAAACAAAACACGAGCAGGGUUCACCCGUUUCAGAAACAAUAAUUUUCUAAUUUUGUGAGGUCAUCCCCAGCUUACAACGCAUAUACCUCCUCUUUCGUAAUACCUCAAGUAUAUUAUUUUGUUUUUAAUUUUUAUUUCAAUGUUACACAUACUGGCUGUAUAGGAGAGUAAUUUCGUUUUAAACGCGUUCAGUUCGGUUCGUUCGGACGAGAAUCAUGAGCCGAAGCUUAGAUGAGACAACAAGCGGGUAGUUUGAAUUGUAAAUACUUAUAAGUUAGAAAUUACAUCGUAAAUCGUGGCAUCAUUUGGGAAUAGAAGCCUCGUGAUAUUAUUAACUAAAUGGUAAAAUAGAUAAAAUCAUUAAUGGAAAGGAUUUUUAUAUAUUCUACUAAUGGAUUUAUUGAUAGUGAAACUUAGACGUAGUCUUUCCAUAACUUAGUGUUUGUGUUUGUUGUUUUCGCUGUGCAAUUAUUUCUUAUCGGUUUGGAUGUUUGUAAACUAGGUUGUUGACGUCGUUAUUUUUUUUUCUAGUUUCCCACCUAUUUGGAAUUCUUAAUUCGAAAUUUUGAUCUCAGUUGACAGCUGCGUACUACAUCAAUUUCGGAGACAGCCGUUUGUGAUUGUUAUUAGGUCUUAAAUAUGAAUUUGCGUUAAGUUUGGAUAUGUGUCGGCAAAAAACGGGAUCGCAGCUUAGAAAUUCAAACCAAAACCACAAAAACAUUAAAAAAACAGCGAAACGAUGAAAACGUUUGAUAUUUUGCAAUGUAUACCAAAAUACUGCAUUUUUAAGUAUAGUAAGUCGAUAAGUGAGAAACUUUUGUAAUAAAAUAAAAUCGCCCUCUGAUUUUAACGAUAUAAUUUCGCAUUGCCAGUUGAGUUUUGUUAAGUUUACUAAUGAAAUAUAUAAACCGACUGUGUUACUAAGUAGGGUAAUGCACAAAACAACAACAAGAUGCCUUCUUAACAGUACAACUAUUACAAUAGCCUACUAAGUAAAUAUGUAAGAUACAGUGCUCUUUGGAUACUUUGUGGGGGCGUCACAAUAGGCUCUGAUAAUGCUUAUAUUCGCUCGGAGAAGAUCGAGAGCUUUUUUGACUAUUUGAAGGUUUUCGUAACUACUAACAAUAUCAAAAUUCUCGAAUCUUCUGCUUAUGCGUGUAUCGUAUUCUGCAUUUAAUAAUGGCUUUUAUCUCUUUGCUCAAUUUGACCAGUAGACUUUUUAGUCCUAAACCGCCUGCAAAAUCCCCCACAAACAUAAAUGAGACGCAAGUAUUUUUGUUUUCUUAGCGACGUAAUUAUAAACGAUAAAUAUUAAAAUAAUGCAACUUACGCUAAAAAUACAUUUAAAGCAAAAAUGCAACUUAAAAUAAGAUUAAAAUAUCAUUAAAAUUAUUCAUAUCAGUAACAAACAAGUUCACAAACGGAUUCACAAAAUAACAAUUUUAGAAAUAUGUCUUAACGAUUUUAAGUAUUACCUCCAACUAUUUAUAAUUUUAAUGUAUUACUUACAUUUAGCGUCUCCAGGACAAGUCAAUAUAUACGUGAUUUAUAUUUAUCUAAUACAAUAUAAUAUAUUGUAAAUGCCAAACUAAGUUAUAGCACUUGUUACAUAGUUUUUCCCAUACAUACAUUAUUUUUGUUGACCAUUUCCAUGUUUAAAAUGCAAUAGUAUAUCGUCUGUCUUUAAAGUACCUGCCCAUAUUAUUUGUAUGGCUGGACUUUGAGGGUUACUACAUUUAACUCUUCACAUGAAACGUUACAAGUCAAGUUUUCUAUUAUACUAUUUUUCAGAACACAAAUCAAUAAAAUUAUAAUCAGAAAGAACUACCAGCAAGCCGCUUUUUUCCUUAAUUUAAUGUGUAAGAAAAUAUUUAAAUACUUACACUUUUUAUAAUUAAAAUUAUUGGUAUAUGUGUUUUAGUCAAAUAAAAAAACGUGACUCGUAGAAAGCAUUAUGAGGAGGGGUAGAUGUAAUAGCCCCUUUAGAUACAGAUGACCCAGUACCUACAAUAGAUAAUAGAAAUAUUUCAGUUGCUCGGCCAGGGUAGUGGAAAUCAGCAUGAGAAUAUACCGACUUCAUUGUUUUAUUUGAUAGCUUAGUAAAUAAUGGGCAUCGGAUACCAAACUAAACGGUAGUCAAACUUUAAUCUCAUAUUGAUUUAAUAUUUUUUGAUAGACUUACUUAUAUCUCUGCACUUCCAUUCGUGCGAGGGAGAUUAUCAAAUCAGUAUGAUCGUUAAAAAUCGAUUGCCUUUCUUCGCCGCACGCGCACCAUCUAACAUAAGGGUAUUUGCAUUGUGUCAACUUGAUGCAUUCAAAGUUUGAAAGCAGCCGUCAACGCAAUGUAAAAUCCGUCAAUAUUUUUUAUAUUAAUUCUGAGAGCCUCGUCUAAUACCAUGUUGCAAAGUUGUUGUCUUUCAUUGUUUCUCCAAAGUCGGUAUACUCUUAAAUCAAUAGCUUUAAUGUUAUAUCAGUAUCUUCCACUUUAUUAUAAUAAUACAGUUAAAGCAAUAGUUCCCAAUCUGCCAACGUAAGUACCUCAGUAAUUAUAGUUAUAUACUUUAUAUAAUCUAUUAAACAGUUACGCCUGCAGUCGUCGCCAUAAUUUUUCGAUAAUUUCAGUAUUAUUUUCAUGUUAUGUAUGUUAAGUUGGUCCUUCUCCUUAGCUGAUUUCGGUUCAGGAGACCAAAGUGCACUCAAAAGCAACAGAAAUGGACAAUGUUGUCUGAGAAUGUUUGCGACAAGUGAUCCGUUUUUGUUGCUUUAGAGUGCAGGCGGCGAUCUGCAGCUUCAGUGAAUAGUGACAUUAAAAUGUAGUUCCAUAAAUCAAAGUGCACUUACAACUUUUAUAUAAAUACCUGAUAAGUAUUAUAUAUACUAAGAAUAGAUUCGCAAACUCCCUUGCCGAGCAACCAUCGUUGAUUACCAGUCUUUUACAAUAUAUAAAUGUAUUUACAAUUUACACACUUAUGACAUACAAUAUACUCACAGUUAUUGCUAGAAGUAACUUUUUAUCUACAGAUAAAGUAAAGCUUGGUGUGAUUGAGUUAAAAAUUAAGGUCAGCGCUUUCGGAAUGUUUGUCAAAUGCUGGUUUUUUCGUGUUCAAAAAUAAACUGCCAGUAGUUUAAAAAAAAAUCUGUUAAACCUUUUUGGAACUAACGAUUAAGGAUAAGAAAAUCGCAUCUCCGAAGGUUGCAUCCGCUGGUUUUUAACAGAAUGACACCUCUUGUUAUACUCGGGUGAACAUUUUAUACAGAAAUAUUUUUUUAUGAGAUAACAAUUAUAUGUCAAAGUUAAUUAAGUGGCAAUUCUAAUUUUAACUGCACUAUAUUUUGCUGACACACUUAGGAUUAGAUUUUUCUUUUUUUCGUAAUUUAAUGUAUGCACGAUCUGCGUUUUUAAUAGCAUCGAUUUUUUUUAAGUAUCGCGAGCGCUUCGGAGUUUCAGGGUUCUUUAAUUAAUAAUUAUUUACUGAGAAACCGAAGCGUUGGCGACCGAUUAAGCCUAAACUAAUAUUGUGUUAUAUUGUAAAAGUUAUAGUUUGCCAUCGUUGAUCAAAGAAGAAAAUAUGUGUUAAACGUUUAGUUAGUGAGUUUUGUUAUACUUUUAAAGUUCUGGUUCGAGGGUGUGGGUUGUACAGAAAUGUUUCAUAGUCGUGUAUGAUCGAGUAAGUAGGUAGGUGUGGAGGGCUCUGGCCGCGUACGAGGUAGGCUUCUCUAAAUUGUUGUAAGAUGAAACAUCUAUUCAGUCGGUGAAGACACUUAAAGUACUAUUGUUGUAGAUUGUAAUAUGGAAUCGAUUUUAAAGGGGUGGGCGAAGCGGCUCGUGACAUCUUUGGUCGAGUUUUUUUAACACUAGUGUAAUAACAUAUUUACAACCUAAAUACGCCUAGUCUUUUGUAAAGUAAUUUUGAGAUUUAAUAACUGCUUUUUCAUAAGGUACUUACUUCCACACCGCAGUUAGCUUUUGUCAAGCAACUCUGUGCAACGGUAAAAUUGCGUUUUUGUACUUUUUGUAUGUACAGAAAACUAUUUAAGGUACCUGUUACACUUGGAUGUUUUAUACAAAAAUAUGUGGUGUGGAUGGCUGUAGAGCGCACAUCUAUUAAAGUAUGAUCACUGAGCUCGAAUAAUAUCGUACAUUGACCUGUUACUAAUGGGAACCAACGCCGCAUAAGAAACAUAACCAAAUUAUUUUUGGGCUUCCAUUGGAUAUUAUAUAAACAUUACUCCUCGGCGAAGAUAUAUCGUGAUGACCUGCAUACUUAUGCAAAGAAAUUUUACGUGUAUCUGCAGUAAAGCCCAAAUUUUGACUAAGGGAUGGCCUUGGGCCUUGAGUGUGAUGUAGUAACUAAUGAUUAUAUGGCCUAAUUAAAAAAAAAAUCGUUUAUUUCAGACCAAAUGAUCCAUAAUUUUGUUAGUGAAAUAUAGUAACUUACGGACUAUAUAUGUUAGUAUGUACUUAUACUCUGUCAACCAAAAGUCUGUCAGUAAAAAGAACAAAGAAAACUAUAUGCAUUCUUUUCUUUAGGGUGCUAGAGAAAAGGAUAUCUAUUGCCCUCUUAACGCAUUUAUUUAUUUACCUUUCCAAAUUAAUUCACACAAGCACACGACUCGCUACAAUAUAGUGGAUAAUCAAUAGAAGUGUUUAUACGCAGGUCAAUGUUCGAAAUUCUCCAUGUUCAGUGUCCGCACUUUAAGGGUCUCCCCAAACCUAUCGACGCAGAAUCUGUUCUAGCCAACCAAAAAUUGCUCGUUAGUGUGAAGACGCUUACGCGUCGUCGUCGCUGUACGCAGCCGUACGCUUGUUCAUGCUAACGAGCGAGUUUUGAUCGGCUAAAGUCAAUUCCUCGUCGACAUGAUUGGUGAGACCCUAAUUUUAAAAGAGAUUAGUGUGACAAAGUGACAACCCUAGUCGUCCAGGGAUGUCAACAGCCGCCUCGCAUGAGUGUCUUUACUUGUUUUGAUGUUGUUGAUAAAUGUGAUUAAGGAAUCGUCUCGGGCAGUUGGCACAUAUCAGUUGUCGGAAAACUUAGUACUAUAAGUAUCUUUGAAUCUGACUCGCAAAACGAAACUGUCAUUUAGACUUGUUUUAAAAAUGAUUUUAGAUUUCCUUUACUGAAAUCUGCGUUUGAAUUCUCAGUAACAGUUGAGUGUAAUAAAAGUAUAAAAUAAACUCGCAGUGAUUCCAUUGA